AUGGAUAAAGAGAGUAAUAGUAGUGGUGGAGGUGGUUUUGGUAGUCCCAUUAGUGGCUUAAGUGGAAGUGGUUCAGUUUUAGAUAAUGACAAAAUUCAAAAAGUAGUAAAUAAUUAUCAAAAAAUUAAAACACAAAAUGCAAUUUUAAAGAAAGCACUCGUCCAAGAACAACAAAAAACAAAUGAUUUAGAAAAGACAGUUAAAGAAAAAGAACAAGCUCUUGUUACAGCAUUACAGGAGCAUGAUGUAUUGGACUUUAAUAAUCAAAGAUUAACUAAAAGAAUUACAUUAAUGCAAGAAGAAUUUAUGAAUUCAGGUAAAAAAGAAAGUGGUGGCCAAUGGUUUGGUAGAAAUACUAAAAUAGAACUACAAAAAAAAGAAGAUGAAAUUAAUGUAUUAAGAAGUGAAUUACAAGAAAAGAUUGAAGAUAAUGAAGGGCUACACAGUGUAAAUAUUGAAAAAGAGAAUGCUUAUAAAGCAUUGGAGUCAGAUUUAAAGUCAUGCAUUUCAAAUAAGGAUAUCGAAAUUAAAGAAAAAGAAGAAAAAAUUGAAACAUUGUUAUUGGAACAAAAAGAAAGUGAAAAGAAAUUACAAGAUCAAACUAAAGGUUUACGUGAUGCAAUUUCAUUAUUAGAGAACAACUUUAAGCAAAUCUAUUCAAGCACUAGACAAAGAGAUGAUGUAUUAAUACAACUAGGUGAUAUAAUUCAAAGGGGACUUAACUCAAACUCACCAAAUAUAACACUGGACUACCCAUUGGAAAAUAUAACACCCUCAAACGAACGUUUUUCAUUUGAUGAAAUUCAACUAGAUAAGAACUUUAAAGAAAUUUCAAAUGUAAUUGAUACCAAUGCCAUUAAAUCAAUUACCGAUCGUAAUUCUUGGGUACCAUUAACCAAGCAAAUUAUGAAUAGUGCUCAAACCUUCCUUUCUUACCAUUUAGAACAAAUUUCAAAUCUUAUUGGGUCACAUCGUCGUACUAUGAAUGAUUUAAUCGAAUCAAAUCAAAAUGAAUUCUUAAAAAUCAACGAAAAUAUGAACCGUCUUACCCUACAAAAGGAGGAACUAGAAUUUCGUGUAAACACACUUCAAGAGCAACUUUUAGCAAAAGAAAGGGAAAUCACUGAAUUGAAUCAAAAAAUUCAAGAUACCAAUAAUAUAGUUUUAGCAACACAAGAAAGUAAACAACAAAUUGAACAACAAGCUCAAAAAGAUAAAGAAGCCUAUGAAGCAAAUAGAAAGCAAUUAGAGCAACAAAUUAAGACAUUAAAAUCAGAUUUUGAAAGAGAAACAAAACAAGCUAAAGAUCAACACCAAGGUUUAUUAAAACAUCAAAAAACUUUAUUAAAUUCAAAAAUUACGGAAAAAGAUGCACAGAUUUCAAAUUUAGAAAAGAAAAUAAACUUAUUAUUAAAACAAACAAAUAUUAACAGUAGUAAUAAUACAUCACCAAUUACAAGUAAUAAUAAUACUCCAACUUUAUUACCCUCAAAUAUUUCACCAUCAAACUCCACUUCAAACUUGGAAGAAUUAAAUAGUACCGAUAACUCAGCUACAGGUAAUAAUGAUGUCAAUAGUAAUAAUUUAUUAGAUUUAUCUUUCUUAGAGAAUUCAAGUAAUAGUAAUAACAAUAAUAACUCUUCACCAAAUAUUUCAAAUGGUAAUAAUAAUAGCACCAAUAAUUUAAUUGACUUGGAUGAUGACACAAUUAACUCUAUAGAAAAUACUAUUCAAGAAACAAAUAUAGAAAACAAUAGUGGAACACCAAAAAUUUUAAGUGAAAGAUUCAAAUUAUCAGUUUUAGAUGAAACUGGUGAUGAAUCUGAUUCAUUAAACUUUUCAUUAACAGAUAAAGAAAGAGAAAACGAAAUGAAAAUUUAUUAUGAAAAUAAGAUUACUCAAUUAUUAAAUAAAAUAUCAAAUAUUGACGCAAAAGCUAUUAGAUAUUAUGAUCAAUACCAAAUACUUUUAAAGAAAGGUGGUGCAAGUCAACAAGAAUUGGACUCAACCGUUGAACAAUUAAAGAAUGCCAAGGAUGAAUUAAAAAACACAAAGGACGAAUUAGAAGUUACUAGAGUAAACUAUGACCAACAAAUGAGAUACUUAACCGAACAAUUCAUUUCACUAAAUGAAAAUGUUAGCUCACUUGAUGGUCAAAUUAAUAAAAUUAAACAACAUAAGGUUUCAUGUGGUAAAUGUAAAGCUUGGAAUUCUUUAGAUUAUAUUUUCUCUCCAAAUAAUCAAGGUUUAUAUUGCUCAAAGGGCCAUCCAAUAUUAUCAAUCCAACCAUAA